ACAGACAGUCGCGCACGCCGGUUGGAAUUCGCUUCACUCGAAAGGCAAGAGAAGGAAACUAAGAAAGAAGUGGAGUGAAAUGAACAAGUUGCUUGACAGCCGCUUGCUGUUGCGGACUCAUAAAUCAAAAAGUUUUUUGACAAAUUGCACAUUAAAGACGCCUUUGGUUCAAUUAAAUAGAAAUUGAAUUAAAUUAUAAAGCUGCCUGCCCUUGAAAACGUGCAAAAAAUCAGAACCAGAAUUAUGAUCGAAAUAAGCAGCCAAAAUGAUUCAAAGUGUUAACCGGUUUGUCGAGCAAAAAAGUCUUAAAAAUAAUACUUUAAAACGUUAAACAGCUUUUAUGGCUCAAAGAGAUGCAUUUUAACCCUUGGCUGCUGAACGGGGUGAUAAGAGUAUUUAACAUUCUUGGUAAUUGAAAAGCAGAAAUACAAACGGAAGGCAACGCUGCGUAUACGUAAUAGUGCAGCCGACGAUAAUGGUGAUGAUGAUGACGAUGAUGAUGAUUCAGUCAACUUGAAUUCUGCUGCAGCCUGCAGCGACUGACUGCCUUUGAUUCGUAUAAAUACAAGUCCGGGCCUUUUGGCAGCGUGCAAAAGGCAAGGAAAAGCGCCCGCAGACAUGUCAUCAAACAGAAUCCGGCCGGAGUUGGUCCUCCUGCAGCUGCUGCUACUGGCGGCCACACUAAUCCCUUUGCUGCAGGCCGGGAUAGUUACAGCACCGUACUCCGAAUCGGAUUCGGAUUUGGAUUCGGAUCCGGACACCACCGCCACCACCAUCACCACCACCGACACCUACAACCCGCAUGCGGAGGAGCUGCAACUGGAAUCGGAGACGGAGGCCACUGCUGCUCAAGUGGAUGGCCAACGCAUCGACUGCAAAUUGACUUUCGAUGCGGCGACAAUGGACUCGUUAGGCUGCCACAAUGAGGGGGCGUUGCCGGAGAGGGGGGCGUUACCAGGCAGUGGUAAUAAGCCGGUGGAGGAGAUGCCUGCGGCAAAUCCGGACUGGCGGCGCCACUUGAAGUCCCCGGACACCCAGCCCAUCUAUGAAUUACAAUUGGUUGUUUGGCCCACUGACAUCGAGGAUGGUGAUGACUUCAGUCCACCGCUGGCCACCACAACAACAACAGAAGCAACAACAACGACAGCUAGGACCACUAGAGCCACCAGUAGCACCACUAGCACCACCCCCAAGCCCACCCAAAUUGGGACACCUAUUGAGCAAAUAUGGCCAUUGUACGAGGAUCAAUUGGUUGUAUUUCCGCAAAUGGACUUUGAAGAGGAGAAUCUUGAUUAUUUCUUCGACGAAGUGCCACCACCCACAUCCCCGACCACCGGUCGCCCGGUGACCACCAGUCAUCCCACGGGCACGCCCACUCCCACGCCCAUUUACGUUGUGCAAAACUAUCACGUUAUACACCCCAAUGGCACCGAGGAGUACAAAUUGGUGAUGAGCAACGGCCUGGUGAACUACAAGAAGCUGUACUCCAAGAAAGUGGGUGACCGGCUGAUCAACGUGCAGGAGGGCUACAAUUCGGUGCCCAUUCCCGGACCCAAAAACCAAAUCCAGACGCAGUACUACAUUGCCGACGAGCGGGGCUACAAUGUCUAUAGAAUCGAGCUCCACUAUCACCAGCCAGGGUUGCCCAAACAUUUGCAUUACAAAGCCACAAAAGCGACCAAUAUGUGAAUGAGGAUGGGCAGGAUUUCCAGCUGGCGGCACAGUGGUGCUAACCACACUAAGUAAACAUAUAUAUAUAUUUUUUUUGCAUUUUUUUUAUAACUUAUUUUAGCUGAAGAGUUGCCAAUAAAUUGUAAAGAAAACUGGUCGUAUUUUUAUUUA